UAAUUUUGAUUCUUAAUUUGUCAGUUUCAGUUACUCUAGUCUAUAGUACUAUAGUAUAGUCUCACAUUAAUUAAAUAAUUUUAAUUAAUUUAACAGCAUCUCUUCUCCCUCCCAUUUCCCAUUUCCCAUUUCCCAUUCGCAUCCAUUCCCCUCUGUCCUCGUGCGCUUCCUCCCAACAUUUCGCUGUUCGUUCGGUUACCAAAACAAACCUCAUGCUCCAUUUCUAUGCUGCCAAAUCUAUCAUUGCGUUCCUUCUCUCUUCUCUUCUUCUUCAGUUGAUGCCAUUUAGCACCUAAAGUACUAUUGACAGUGGAUGCGAAUGAUGGAUGUUGCUGAGGUUGAAGAAACCCUUUUUGCAGCAAGUGAUGCCAAGCUACAUGUAGAAAUGUGCAGGCGUCUUUCUGCAAUAUAUUGCAAAAUAUUGUCAAUAUUUCCUACUUUAGAAGCAGCUAGGCCGAGGAGCAAAUCCGGAAUCCAGGCAUUAUGUUCAUUGCAUGUAGCGUUGGAGAAGGGAAAGAAUGUUCUUCAGCACUGCUCAGAGUCUAGCAAACUUUACUUGGCUAUAACUGGGGAUUCUGUACUUCUGAAAUUUGAGAAGGCUAAGUGUGCUCUUGAAGAUAGUCUUAAACAGGUGGAAGAUAUUGUUCCUCAAUCUAUUGGGUGUCAGAUUGAUGAAAUUGUGAAUGAACUUACUGGUUUGGAAUUUGCACUUGACCCAUUGGAGAAGCUUGUUGGGGAUGAUUUAAUUGCAUUGCUUCAACAGGAGAGAAAGUUUAACAACUCAAAUGAGAGUAGUGAACUUGAAUGUUUUCAUCUUUCUGCUACAAGACUUGGAAUCACCUCUUCAAGAGUGGCUCUUUCUGAAAGAAGAGCUCUCAAAAAACUCAUAGAAAGGGCUCGGGCUGAGGAUGACAAGCGGAAGGAGUCAAUUAUUGCAUAUCUUUUACACCUUAUGAGGAAAUACUCCAAGUUAUUUAGAAGUGAGUUUUCUGAUGAUAAUGAUUCUCAGGGUUCCCAACCUUGUUCUCCUACUGUUCAGAAAUCUCUCGAGUACGGUGCUAAUGGGGGUCCUUGUCAGGCCUUUGACAGACAGCUUUCAAAACUUAAUUCCUUUAAUUUAAAGCCUAAUAAUAGGAAAUCUGGGCAGAUGCUCCUUCCCCCCGAAGAGUUAAGGUGUCCAAUAUCUCUGCAGCUUAUGAGUGAUCCUGUCAUAAUUGCUUCUGGGCAAACAUAUGAAAGGGUUUGUAUAGAAAAGUGGUUCAGUGAUGGGCACAACACCUGUCCAAAGACUCGGCAGAAACUUUCACAUCUUUAUUUGACUCCUAAUUACUGUGUUAAGGGCCUUGUGGCAAGUUGGUGUGAACAGAAUGGAGUUCCUAUUCCUGAAGGUCCUCCGGAAUCUCUUGAUUUUAACUACUGGAGAUUGGCAUUAUCGGAUUCUGAGUCCAUGAAUACAAGAUCUGUAAACAGUGUCAACUCUUGCAAAAUGAAGUGUGUCAAAGUUGUUCCUCUAGAAGAUAGCGGUGUCUCAGUGCAAACUGAGGGAGAUGCAACCGAAAGUUUGUCUGCACAAGAGGAAGAAUAUGAGCAGUAUUUUAGUUUUCUGAAAGUAUUGACUGAAGGGAAUAAUUGGAAGAGGAAGUGUAAAGUGGUAGAACAGUUAAGGCUGUUGCUGCGGGAUGAUGAAGAAGCCAGGAUUUUUAUGGGGGCUAAUGGAUUUGUUGAAGCACUUAUGCAGUUUUUGCUAUCAGCUGUGCGUGAAGGGUGUUCGAUGGCUCAGGAAAGUGGAGCUAUGGCUCUGUUCAACCUGGCUGUGAAUAACAACAGAAAUAAGGAAAUCAUGAUAUCUGUGGGAAUCCUAUCAUUGUUGGAGGAAAUGAUUUUGAAACCUCACUCAUACGGUUGUGCAGCCGCCCUGUAUCUGAAUCUUACUUGCCAUGAAGAAGCCAAGCAAAUAGUCGGAACGAGUCAGGCUGUCCAAUUCCUAAUCCAUAUUCUUCAAUCCAAUACUGAAGUCCAGUGCAAGCUAGAUUCCCUCCAUGCACUCUAUAAUCUUUCUACUGUGUCCUCUAAUAUUUCAUACCUCCUUUCAUCAGGCAUCAUGAAUGGUCUACAGUCCCUUCUUGUAGGCCAGGAUGACUCCAUGUGGACAGAAAAGUGCAUUGCUGUUUUGAUAAACUUGGCUGUUUCUCAAGUUGGAAGAGAAGAAAUUAUGUGUACUCCGGGACUCAUAGGCGCACUGGCUUCGAUACUGGAUACUGGUGAACUCCUAGAGCAGGAGCAAGCUGUUUAUUGUCUCCUAAUUUUGUGUAACAGGAAUGAGAAAUGUUGUGAGAUGGUCCUUCAAGAAGGAGUUAUACCUGCGCUGGUCUCGAUAUCAGUGAAUGGGACGUCAAGAGGGAGAGAAAAAGCUCAGAAGCUCUUGAUGCUCUUCAGAGAGCAGCGACAACGAGACCAUUCACCUGCUAAGGCGGCACAUCAAUGCAAACCUGAAACUAGUGAUUUGUCCAUGCCUCCUCCUGAAGAGAAACCUCUAUGUAAGUCAAUGUCUAGAAGAAGGGUGGGGAAAGCUUUUAGCUUUCUCUGGAAAAGCAAGAGCUAUUCUGUCUACCAGUGUUAAUUUUUGCUUGAUUCUCAACUUUGUUCUGGCCCUGCUUUUAUCCUUCUCUCCUGUUCCCGGGGUGAUGGUUACUUUUUGGUUUCAAUAGCGAAACAGAAAUGUACAGCAUAUGUAAUUAUAGCAUGUUUGGAAUCACUUCUUGGAA